AUGCUGGCUCGGGGGGACGCAGAUGGUAUUAUACGUGUUGCGGGGGCCCUCGGGAUGACGGUGCGGUGGCGGUGGGUGAUAUCAUAUCUGAUCUCCACUCUCGCGUUGCUGCCGCUGCGAGAGCUAGAGGUGUGUUCACGGCUGGCGGGAAUCGAGUGGGGGAGGGAGGGGAUUGUCGGGAUGAGUCUACAUGGUGGGAGCGUCUUCAGCAGACUGAGCAAGCAGUCAGCGAUAAGGAACACAACCCAACUGGCCGUGCAUCUUAGCAACGACACUGCCAUGCGAAGGCUUCUACGAGACGGGGUUGGCAUCAACGAGAUGCAAAAGAAGUACCUCUCCCUGUGCUACGUGAGUUUUUUUCCGACCGGUGGGGCCCUGGCUUCUGUGGCGAUGAGCCUCGGCGGCGGCGAGCUGUUGUGGAACCUGACCGCCUGCGAGAAGCAAGAGACAGCGGUCAUCGCGUCACUGCUCAUGACGAAGGAGGCGCGGACCGAGCUGCUCUCGCUUGUGAUCAGCGCCCACGAGGCCGGCCGCUCGUCGUCCGUGCGAAAAAGGGCGGGCGCGGCGACGACCGGCAGGCGGGGAUCGCGGGGGUCUCGCGGGGGAGGGUCGAGGGAGAUGGCGAUGGAGAGGGAUCCGGUGGGGGAGUCCAAAGCGGGCGGCGGUGGGCCCGCCCGUCUCGCGAGGGGGCUCGCCAGAAACACGGGGCUCAAGUCCCUCGCCGUCCGCCACGUCCGCCUGACGGACUCCCGCACCCUGGGCGCGCUGUCGACGGCCAUCAGCGUCCACCCUUCCCUGGUCGCCCUGUCCCUGCGGGGCUGUGGCCUCGUCGGCGAGGCAUCCGGCAGGCUGGUAGCCUCCGUGCUCAGGGCGCACGCGGCCCGGCGGGAGGGCCUGGUGUGGAGCUCCGGGCUGCGGCGGCCGACUGGGGUCGUGGGGCACACUGCGGCCGCGGCCCCGGCGAGGAUCUCGACGGCAGGGUGCCUGGCGGUGGACCUGUCGGACAACCGCCUCGGCGACACCGGGGUGCAUGCCGUCGCGAGGGGCUUGCAGAGCGACACCUGGCUGGUGGGUGUAAACCUGGCGCGCAACGGGAUCACCGACCACGGGGCGGCCCUGCUGUCGGUGUGCCUGCAGCACAACGCCACGCUGUGCGCCCUCGUCCUGGACGGCAACCCGGAGGUCGGGCACGGAGCGGAGAGGCGCAUCACGGAGGAGCUGGAGACGAGGAGCAUGAUGCCGGAGGCGGUUCUUGAAGAACCGGAGGUUGUGCUGACCCUGGCUUCGUGGGGUUUCUCUGCCCACACGGGCGUCGACCGAGACUUGUCGCCGCCGACCCGGCCAGCUGCUGCAGUGGCCGGAAGCGGCUCGGUGGUGUCCGAGAUUUCUCAGGACAGUUUUGGCGGCGGCGGCGGCGGCAACUUGGGCGGUCAUGAGUUUGGGGGCGCUACCAGGAGGGGUCGCGCUGCUAGUAGCGCGUCCGCGGCGAUUCCCACCUCUGUCCAAGCUAAGACACCCGCCGAACGCAAGGAAGAGAUGGUGCGCGAAUUCAGGCGAUGGGCGGGGUAUACCCCUUGCUCGAUGCGGGGCCCCGGUCCCCACGGCACCGGUCUCGCAGACCCUUCAACGGCAGAAGCAACGGCAACAGCGCCGCCAGCGUCGGGGCACGAGGGUGGCACGGUGGGCCGCCGGCCCGGACGGGGUCGUCGGAGCACCGCCGUUCUCUUGCGGGCAGGGAGUGGGGCGGGGGCGCCGGCGGCGGAGGCACCAUGGGGAGGCGGCAGGCGAGAGGGAGCCGCCACAAGCAGCCGUGCCCAUGCCCGGCCUCCUCGGGCACGGUCUCUUUCUUCCCGAUCAGCGGGGGCGGGGGCGGCGGCGGCGGUGGCCCGCGCAGCUGCUGGCUCAGACAGCAGCGGCGCAGGCGGCGGUCGGCUCGCGAAGAGGAACAAGUGGUCGGGGGGAGCUUGUUCUUCCGGGAGGGCGCCGGAGCGAGAACGGGAGCAAGCAUCGGAGCCUUGGAAGAGGGCGGCUCUACUCCGCGAGAAGAAGGCGCCGUGGGGGGUGGGGCCCGGAAAAGGCGAGGUUCGGGAGAGGACCCAGGCCUGGGCCAGCGCCCACCUGGCGGAUAGAUACACUUCUGUCGGCUCGGGCUCGUGGCGUGUCCGCGUGCGGUCCAGAAAGGGGCGCGUUUCGGCGAGCGGUUGCGGCAGCGGGCACAAGGCCGGAAGGCGGGCGGCUAAUAGCGCCGCUGCCGGCGACGGUGGCGGCGGCGGCGGCGGCGGCACCGGCCGGAGGCGCAUGGCGAGGAGAAGGAUCAGCGGCGGCGGUGGGCGGGAGGAGGCCCCGGCGAACCAUGGCGAGAGCGGCAGCAGGGCGGAGAGGGGCGCGCCCUCGGCGCUGGACGUGACGUGGGACGUCCUCGACGCCGACGGCUACCCGGAGCUCACUCCUCGGCGGAGGAAGGAGCUCUUCCCGAUGGCGGAGACGGAGGCCGAGCGGCCCUCGCCGCCGGUUGCCAGGCAGGCCCGAGGAGGUGGUGGCAGGGGGGGGAGGACCGACAGGGUUGUGGACAUGUUGGCGUCGCUGGAGAAGGCCGUCAUGGACGUUUGCAAGGACAUGUGGAGGCUGGAGGACAAGGUUGAGGGCUCCGAGCGAUACACCGCUAGCCGAGGUUCGGAGCGAGUGACGGAGAGCUCGGUCGUUGCGGGGGAGGGCUUGGGAAGAGAAGUGGACCAAGGUAUUGACGGUGUCGGCGUCGAUGACGGCAGAGAGGAGGUCGCGGCGCAAGUCGAGGCCUACCUCAGCAAGAUGUGGCGCGAUGCCCCCGACGGCCCUUCCGAUCGUGAAGCCCAUGACGGAAGUAACAUCGGCAUGGUCGGCAAUGCCGCUCCCAGCCACAGACAAGAUAGAGAAGGUGAUGAGGAGGAGGAUGAGGAUGGGCAAGAGGAGGAGCAAGAACUCGGCAUCCACGCGGCGCUGCUGCUGGGCGACGACGGUAGCGGUUCAGAGGACGACCUCGAUGCCUACCGACGUUCGGAGUCGCUGGGGUGGGUGGGUGGGGACGGGGAGAAGGGAGCGGCAGCACGAAGGAGGGGGCAAGGUGCGGGACGCCAUCAGCGACGGGAUCAAGGUCGUGAGGAAGCCGAAGAGGAUCUUGUGUAUGCGCUGUGCGAGGAGGAAGAAGGGGAGGAGGAAGAAGAGGAGAUGGGGAGUCUCGAGGCCGACCGUCCCGGCGUGCGAGGCGAGGACUGGCGAGCGCGGGAGCUAGAGAGAGAUGGCGGCAGCGAGGACGGGGAAGGGCGAAGGAGUCGGGAGGCGUCUCUGUUCGAAGCAGAGGGCGGCCAGGAGGAGGAGGAGCGGGGGGGUGGGUCGAGCGUCGGGGAGACCCGUUCCGAACCGCUCGCCGAUGCUGCUUCCCCGCCGUCGCCAUCCCUAGACGACAUAUUGCUCGUGGAGGAUUUGGUAGGGCUAGGCGAGGAAGCGGGAGACGAAGGCAGCGGGGAGGGCAUGGAGGGCGGAGAGGGCACGAGUCGUUGACUUCGAUCCCAAAAAACCGAGGAGGCUUGGCCGCGCUUGUUGGUGUCGACCAACUGAAGAGGGGCGCCAAGGAGCGCGCGCGGGGAACAACGCUUGGCGACAGAGGGUUGAUCAGUUCCGUCGCGACGGCUGGAUCGUACCCGUUGCCCUGCUCUAUCUCCUUUCUGUGCCUUGGUGUGCCGCUUGCUCCUCGAUUGUUUUCGGUCGGUCUCCUGGUACUUGUCCCCUGGAACGAUACGCCGCGGUGUUGGGGUCCUGGUUGGUAACAUUUUGAUCAGCAGUUACAACUUUCACCGGCAACGUACAAAGUGUUCCAUGACUGCCUCUCUGUUGCGUAAGCACUGCAAGGCGGACGGUGUAGACUAGUCUGCAGACGAAUAGAUAGUAGGCGGUGUGUGUGUGGUAUGGGUGUGACAUAAUGUAUUCGCCGCAUGUGGUGCUUUUCUUUUCAGCGGCGGAUCUGUUUUGCAACGAAGAAGCGCCGUGGGCAGUCUGAAGAUUUACGUAGGUUGUUGGAAUCGUCGUAGAUGCUGCACGACGUGUAUCGCGCGUGAUUCGUCGUUCGGGACCGUUUUCUUAUUGCAUACGCUACAUGUACGUUGUUGGCUGGUGUUCUCAUUUAGAGUACAACUCAACGGG